UCAAGAUAAAACAAGACUAUUAUCUAAGUCAUCAUUUGUUCCACUGUUGUCGCAUUUUCAAUCAAUUUAGAAUGUUAAUUUAGUGCAAGAUUAAGAUUCCAUAGUUAAUAAAAAGUGUUAACAUACAUAUAUUCUAUUUACAAAAGAAUUUUCUAGAUAGUAAAACGGAUAACAUUUUACUUCGCGUAUCGUUAGAGAAAAAAAUUUUCAAUUAUCAAGCUAACAAAAUUAAACAAAGUAUUGAGUCAAUUUCAGAAAUAUCGUGCUACAAUUAUAUAUAAGAUAUUCAAAUUUUGAUCAAUGGUCGAGCAGCGACCGCGUACACAAAAUAUUUAUUUUCAACGAAACUGGGACUCCACAUUGCGCAGUAGAAGCAUUUCUCUUUAUGAUUUGUUUCUCAAUACAAAAUACAUUUCAUGAUUGCGACUGACGUCUACCGCUACAACGUGCACAUAUGGGCGCCCUUAUGCGAUUACAUUCUGCUUAUUACGGGUGAGAUGGCAUAUAUAAACGGCGUUAAGUAUAUAUACGAUGUGUUGCUCGUGAGUUCUAACCGGUGUACUCUAUAUUGCGAGAAUAAGUUACAGAACGCUGUCAGAAUUUCCUUACAAUAUUCCAUCUAAUGAUGGCAAAAACGACAAGAUUUAUGUGGCUGUUAUUUGUGGCGGCUGUAACAGUGGCAAAACCGCUAAAUCCAUCAAUCAACAAAUCCAUCAAUGAGAUCGAUCACGAUAAUACGAAGAAAGAUCUAUUCGAAUCGAAGAAACAGCAACGGAAUUCUGCUUUGCCGACCUACGAGGCUUCAACAAAGGUAACCACACAAACUGAAGCUGCAAACUCGGCAGUUGAUACCAUCGACACGACCGUACAGUUUCCCGAAGAAAACUUGACGACAAAACCGGGUCCGUUCUCUUGGUUCUUGGCACCGCUGACGCAGAAAAUUCAAUUCUCGCCACAAUCGUUCCUGCAAGACCGCCUACUGCUGCUGAGAGAGGCACUAAACAGUCUAGGCAUCAAUGUGUUACAAAACGCGACGGCAAAACAGCUAGGACCCGGCAAUUUAGUGCACUUCUUAGGUCCAAAUGACUCUGGUUUCUACACUAAUCGGUUGGAACCGGCCGGUUUUUUGGGCGGUAACGGUUGGUUCGCCAAUAAAGGAGGAAUUCUCGGCGGACCAGGGGCCAUAGUCUCCACCGGCAGUCUCCUGACAGAUUAUCCGACUGCUUACAGGAGGAAAUAAAACAACUUAUCAUUUAUUCAAACGUGUGUAAAUAAUCGAAGAGCGAAAAUUGCCUUUUACUUUUCGCAUACAGCAUAAUUUCAGAUUGAACAAGUGUGCUGAAAACGUCAGAUUCAAGUAAACCACUUAUUGAAUGUCGCAGAUUCAUCUCCAUCACCUUUUAAAUGAAACAUUAAAGAGUAAAAAAAAAAUAGUAACAUUAAAGAACAAAAAGCAAUAUUCCUUUCGCAGCUUCUGUUUGGUUUAGGUUAAGAAAUGCAAAUAGAUAAGAUUAAGUAAAUUAUUAUGAACACAAACGCAAUAUCACAUUUUUUUUACAUUUAUAAUAUAAUCUUAUUUUUU